CCUCGUGAGCCGCAUCUGCAGCCGCAGUGGCAGCAAGAAACCAUGGCAACACAACAGAUAAGCUCGGGGACACCCAUCCCUGUGGCCGAUGAUGCUGCAUCUCGUCGCGCGAAGAAGAGGGAACUGGACCGACGUGCGCAGCAGGCUGCCCGGGAACGGAACAAGAAUCGCAUCGCUUACCUAGAAGCGACGAUUCAGGCCAUGAGCGAGCAGGAACAGAACGGAAAGAUCGCCAGCUUGAUGAACCAGCUGUCUGACAUGACGAGACAAAGAGACACCCUGUCGAAAACACUAUCCUCACUUGAGACAACAAUACAAGUCCACCGUGAAGGCGAACGUGCCGAUACUUUACAGGACCGAGCAUUACAACCUGGGGUAAAGGGUUCCAAUUGUCAGCCUUGGUCCAGCGCUUAUGAGCGUUCAACCGCGUUCGACAUUGACGUGGAAGAUAUGCCCUUGGAUGUCUUCACCCCCAGCAUUUCCGCCAUGACUUGGGGAGUCCCGGUAUUUGACGCAACCGGUCAUACUCUUGCAACAGAGAAGGAACUGUCCAACAGAGUCCCCGCUCCAUCUACCCUCACCCUGGCAGGGAACCCUAAUCUGGAAUGUCUAUCCGACUCCCCUCCGCCUCGACGUCAAGGCGAUGGUGUGAUCGUACCGGAGCCAGACAGCGCCUGUGAGUGUUUGGGAUCAAGGCAGGAUCCUCAAAGUCCCGGACCAUCUACGACAAGUCUAUGGAGAUCCGCAAACGAAGCUCUUGGCGCCAGCGAAAUGCUGUCGAGGAGUGUACUGAAUAUGGAAGACGAGAUGAGCGAUGACAUUCCGGUCCGCGUAAUACUAGAGGGAUGGGAUGCCGUCGAAAGAUCAGGGAAACUACCGCCUCUGUGGAGAAGGCUGCGCCAUACCGAUACCCUCCAGUUCAAGAACUGUCCGGAUACCGAACGGCUGGCUAUCCUGAGACUCAUGCACCGCCUCCUCCGGUACCAAGCCGAGCCCACAGUCGAACAAUGCGCCAAGUUACCAGCAUGGUAUCUGUCACCGUCCCAAUCACUACCUCAUUCCUCCGCGAUAGACUUCUUCGUCUGGCCAGGCGUUCGAGAGCGCUUUGUGUUUUCACAGCAUCAGUACUGUUCAAACUUGUUCUGGGAGGUAUUCGCAAGCAGCUUCCGAAUCAUGUGGCCUUUUGAGUUCCGCGAUUGCUACCGGCGAAACAUCGAGACAAGGCGAUACUGCGUGGCCCCAGAGUUCGAGGACAGAAUUCGCGAUAUCAACUCCUGGACCAUGUCGUCAGACUUCUUCAACCACUUCCCAGAGAUGUAUGCCGACAUCCCAAAGAGGUCUCCUUAAUAUCUCCGCUACGGCGGUUUUCGCAACAAACGAACGUGCACCAGAAGGAAGAGAUACCUCAAGUACAGCUCUCCUUCCCACACAACUGA